AUGAACUACACUGGAAAUGUUGAAAGUCCAACUUCCACGACAAUUCCUGAAACUGGUAAGGAACAGAGAAUUCAACGUCUGGACAAAGCAAUCGCUUACUAUGGUUCAAGAAAACAUGUUAUAUUUACUGUCCUUGGUCUCGUGUUUGGAAUUAUCGAACUUUGCUAUGGUAUACGAUAUUUAGGACAAUGUCCUAUUCAGCCAAUGAUUGCAUACUUUUUGACUGUUCAUGGAGCUAUAAUGCUCUUCGAAGUACUAAUAGGUAUUCUCGCAUAUAUUAUUUCUCGUGUAAUCUAUAAUCAAUACGAUCAAGUAAUAGCACGACGAUUAAUUUUAAUUGUAAUUGGUCUUUUGAUUUUGAUCAAUCUAUUCUGCUUUGCUUGGUUCGUUGCUGGAAAUGUAUGGGUAUUCGGUUCAUUAGCGAAUGGUAAACAGAGUGAUGAUAGCACAAAUCUAAAUACUUACUGUCAAUCGGAUUUAUUUCGAGCUGCUCUUGGAAUUAUAAUAUCCAGAUAUGUUCUGACAGGAGUUAUUAUUAUUAUCGCUAUCUGCAUUAACCGCCGUAAGAUCAUGCGAUGUUGUACACAGGAGAACAUAUCUUCAAGGAACAACGUCGCGUCAACACCAACAAAAGCAUAG